UUUUUCGCAGAUGAUUACAAAAGACAUAAAAAAAAAGUUAAUCUUUCAUCGAACCCAUUUGUUUCGAUUUGAUUCCAACACUUGCUAGCAACUUGCAAUCGUGCGCCAGUAGGGGAGUCGUAUAGUCCAAUCGAGAGAUAUCUGAAGAGAGAUUUUCGCAGUUAUCGGGUGGACUGAAUGAGGAGUGAAGAACUUCGUUGUGUAAUCCUAUGAUCUUCAGGAGCAACCGAAUUCGUUUUCCACUGAAGAGCAUUUGCGCUCCGUGCCCACCUCCUGUUUCUAGCGUCGCCAACCACUACGAAUCCACGAAAAUUCUUAGCAGCCACUUCAAGUUCGGGAAUAUAAGCGAAGCAGAGAAGCUGUUCGAGAAAAUUCCUGAGAAAGAUGUAGUUUCCAGGUCAAUCAUGGUUCAUGGGUACGCUAAAAAUGGGUACCGCGAAAGAUCCAUGGAGGCUUUUUCUCGAAUGAGAAUGUCCGGUGUGGUACCGAAUUCUUUCACCAUGGUUGGUGUCGUCGUCAGUGUUGCGGGUUUUAGCGACUUGUGGCUCCGAUGUGUUCAUGGAUUGAUUGUUAAGAAUGGGCAAGAGCAUAAUUUGAUUGUGGGCACUGCAUUGUUAGAUGCUUAUGCGAGAUGCCGAAAUGUUAAUAUCUCUUACAAGGUGUUUCAAGGGCUUAAGAACCCGGGUUUGAUUUCCUUUAAUGCGGCCAUUACUGGGUUUGUGUAUAAUAAUCUUUUCAAGGAGGCCCUUGUAUUGUUUAACCAACUUAGGAUGGUUGGCAUUGUACCUGGUAUAGCGACAAUGGUGUCCGUUGUCCAAGCAUGCGCUGCAUUAGGAUCACCGCAACUAGAAUCUGUUCACAGCUUGAUUAUGAAGGUUGGUCUUUCGUCACAUGCAUCUGUUAACAAUUCGAUUCUGAACAUGUAUUCUAGUUUACUGGAUUUAUCUGGUGCUACAAAAAAUUUUCAUUUGAUGGAAAAUAAAGAUAUCAUUAGUUGGACUACUAUGAUGAGUUUAUUUAUCCACCUUGAACGUGCAACUGAUGUGAUGAAGCUUUUCCACGAGAUGAGAGACGCUGGUACCAAUCUUGAUGAAGUAGUUGUUGUCAACCUGAUCUCUGCUUGUGUACUAUUAGGAGAUUGCACUAAAGGUAGACAAGUACAUGCUCAGGUUAUUGUUUGUGGGUUUGCUAAUGAGGUUUCUGUUUUGAACUCUCUUGUUGCAAUGUAUUCGAAGUGUGGUCAAUUAGAUCUUUCAAGAAUGGUUUUUGAUCGCACAUCCAAGAAAACAGUAACUUCGUGGACAGCGAUAAUUUCAGGAUGUGCACAUUUUGGACGUCCACAAGAGGCUUUGCGCCUCUGGGUAAGAGCACGAGAGGAAGAAAGCUUUCGCUUUGAUUCAAUUUCAUUGGUUGGUGUUAUAGUCGCUUCUGCGGAGCUCGCUGCACUGGAUCUUUGCGAGCAGCUUCACUGUCAUGCAUUUGGAUCUGGUUUUUUGCCAUGUAGAGCAGUCCAGAAUAGUCUCAUAUCAGCAUACUCAAAAUGUGGGCUCAUGGAACCAGCCCUCCAUGUGUUCAAGGAGAUGGGUUGUCUUCGAGAUAUAGUCUCCUGGAAUGUAAUAUUGAAAGGUUAUGGAGUUAAUGGUGUCGGAGAAACUGCAGUAAGUUUCUACAAUGAGAUGAGGAUGCAGGGGGUGGAUCCUGAUAGUGUGACUUACUUGAUUGUCUUGAAUGCUUGUAGUCAUGCCGGGCUGGUGGUAGAUGGACUAAGGAUUUUCAAUCAAAUGGCUGAAGAGAGCAGAAUUAGGCCUCACAAGCAGCAUUUUAGGUGCUUAGUUGACUUGCUUGCUCGUGCGGGAUGCUUGUCAGUUGCACAGGACUUUGCCAACAAUGUUUUGAAGCAGGCGGGCCCAGACAUAUGGAAGGCUCUGCUUAGUGGGUGCCUGGUUCAUGGGGAUGUGGAGCUUGCGGAACUGGCAGCAAGAAGGUUAUCCAAACAGGAAAUGAGAAAAUCAGAUCAAGUUGUGCUUCUGUCAAAUGUUUAUGCAUCAGCUGGGAGAUUUAAGGAUGCUGAAGUUCUGAGAUUCAGUAUUGAAAAUAAAGGUUUAACAAAGAACAAAGCUGUCAGCACAAUCCAUGGAAUGGCGAUUGAUUUUGGAUGAAAUUGCUUAUAUGGAUAAUUUAUCUUGUUAGCCUGGAUGGGUGGGUUUUGAUGCAUGAUUUCAUUGAGGAACCUAUCUCUCUUGUUUCUCACCAAUUGGCAAUUUGGUCAGGGAGUGCUCUGUCCUCCUACUAUAAUAUUUUGCUACACGGUGGUCUUAGGAGAAUCGUCAGAAUAAAUGGCAGAGAGUUACUUGAGCAAGUUUUCGCACUCUAUUGUAUUGGACAAUGCUGCACAACGUUCCUCCUCGGGCUUCUAUAACUACAAGCAACUGAUGUGAAACCUGGCCUGAUGCUCCCAGGUGGUUCUACUGAACUAUGUUCACUCUGAAGAGUUAUUCACCUAGAUGACAAAUAUAUAGUAGCGCGACAUCUCGGAUGUGAAGAAGGAACUAUAUUCUUCUGAUGUGUCAUAUCUCUCUUGGAGAAGCAUCUGUCGAGCCGGGGUAGUAAGGCUAUCAACCUGUAGAUGGAGUAGGGCAUUUAAACUACUCAGGAGGACGCCUUGAAGUUAUAACCUCUCUACUAAGCAGAACUGUUAAGAGUCUGAAGGAGAAAGAGGGUAUUCCAUAUCAGACGAUGAUGAUUGAGUUUGAUCUAGUACUACUUUGCCGGGUACUGCUGCAGCUAUAAUUCCAUUAUUUCUUUCCGGUUUUGCUUCGCUAUAGCCCUGAAAUUAGAGAACAGCAUUAAAGCCGAAGGAGUGGAUCAAAACUCGUGGGUUGAAUUGCCUGAUCUAGGCGUAUUGCAUUUGCAGCGGAUCCGGAACUGAGUGUUCUUCUGGUGGAAGGUGCUGAGAGCAAACCAUCACAAGGGCUUGAUGGGUGAUGGAGAUAAUUAUCAGCUUGGAUUAGACAUUGGCUUCUCAUAGAUAUUUCUGUUUUCUUAAGAAGACAUGGAUCUAUUUUUUUUUUCAUUUAUGUAAAUCUCUCUUUCAAAAUGAUGUCAAUGUGAAUUUUAAAUCGAGUUGUUCUUUAGUCA